AUGCCUGGCAGCCCUAAACCAGCCACUGUCGAGGAAUGGGACGAAAGAUUGCACGACAUCGUACCCGACUCCCAACAAGUGGCUAAUACUGGUGCAAAAGUUUCUUCCAGGUUGGAUCACAGAUUCCCGGAGCCACUGAUCGACGGCGCGAGUGACUCAGGUUAUUCUAGUCGCACCGCCGCCACUGUCAACAGCACCCAAUCUGGGCCGUCGGGCGGGAAGAGCCCCCCAACCGUUCUUAAGCAAGUCGCGCCCAAACACACCGACAUCACCAGAAAAUCCUCCCGACGAGAACGCAAGGACAAGGAACGUGCCCGGCCGGACGAGACGAUGCAGAUGGGUGCCUAUCCAGGCCCCGGCUACAUUCAGCCUCGCGCGUCCCGGUCGCCGUCCAAGCCCCGCCGACGAGACUCAUAUCUUCGACAAGCAGACGUCUACUACGAAGGAAACCACACCCAGUACCACCCGUCCACCCCCGUCGAACCACGAGCCAUGGAGUUCCCACCUCAGCAACCCUACUACGGGAGGCCUCCUAUGCCGGACUAUAUCCCACAACAACCCAUCGGAUAUCCAAUGGAGGAAUACCAUACCAGCCGUUCGGGACGCCCUCACUCUGCUUAUGGUCUGUAUCAUCAGGAUCGAGCCGUGGGUUGGCCAGCAGCAGCACCGUCUCGAGGAUAUGGACAGCCACCACCGCCGCCGCCGCAGCAAUAUCAUCACUAUGAGCAUGGCCCUCCACCAGUAUCGUCGGCUUGGCAUCAAGGAUCCUACUCAUCAUCGCCCUAUGGCGCUCAACACAACUUUCCUCCAUCGGAGUAUUAUCCCCAGGAUCACAUGUAUCAGCGUGAGCGGUCCGAGUCUCGUGAGCCAUCCCGGCGCCGUAACUCCAUGUAUGGGAUUCCGCCUCCGCCACCAACCGAACCUGAGGUCUUUCUAGAUUUUGAGGACGAUGCAGAGCAAUACUACGCUCGUCAGCCCCGUGACAAACCCCGUGGCCGUGGUACUAUCAAACCUAGUUCGGAUUAUUUCGACGAGGAUACCGCAAAGAUGCCACCGCCAGCUCUGCCUGCCCCAAGAAGUAGACACGCGCCCCAGGUUCACCAAGCCAAGCGGCCUGAAGCUCGGAAGGUUCACUCCGCUGCCGCUGCCGUUCCCUCACAACGCCGCUCCUCGAAGCCCAUGGACCUGAGUGACAUGAGAGAGGCUCUGCCCGAACUCGACUACCCCACACGCCGGGUGUCAAGGGAGGUUGCCAUGCCAGAACGCAGCCAGAGCCAAAGCCUGCGUGGCAGUAGACGAUCCAACUCAUACCAUGAGAAUUCCAGAGGUGCUCGCAUAGCAGUGGAGAACAGCGGGCGACGACGUCCGGAGUCUUUCUACUACGUUGACGAACGCCCCGAGAGUCCUGCCGCCAUGGAAGACCGCGUUGGAGAAGCCGAACGAUACCAGGCUGUCACCGCCGGCCGUUCUACCGCACAAGUGCCCUUGUCUCAGGAGACACUUAUGUCCAAGGUAGGAAACGGCCUGGGUAGUGACAACGGCAGCCAGAAGAGCCGAUCAAACAGCAGUCGUGGCAGUGCCACCAAGACUGAAAAAGAAGCUCAGAACAUGACCCUGAACAUGAACGGAAUGACCAUUGCGUUUGCUGAGGAAAGCCUCGCAGGCAAGUCCAUCAGCAUUCGUACGGGCGAUGCAGGUGCUAUGCAGUUUAAUAUUACUGAUGGCACCACCCGUCGACCCAAGGCAUACGUUCAGGGGUCUUCCUACUCUGAUAAUACGCAUACGGGCGGCUCUGGCCGUCGAGUUCUGGAAGAUGGACGACGUGCUGCACGCGAACGAGACGAUCGACGAUCGGAGAGAUCUGUUCACCAGUCUACUGGCCACCGGUCUAGCCGGUCCAACUACUCUCGCCGAUACCAGAUCUAA